GACACAGAUUAUAUCUGAAGAAACUGACACAACUAUCGAGGAUAUUACGCUUCCAUCUAAAAAAAAUGAUGAAUGUAUCCAAGACAUUGAAGAUCUUUUAAGUUGUGUGAAGAUAAAGAAUACCCCCUAUUGCUCUCCUCUUGUUGAAAAUGUAAAUGAUGAAGACAUAAUUCUAUUAUGUUUCCUUUUUCUUGUUUGGCGGGAAAGUUUCAAGAAACCCCUAAAGUGUAAAAAUUUUGAGUUCUACAGAUUCUUGAAUUAUAAGCCAUUGCCAUUCCCUCUACGUAGACAAAUCUAUUUUAAUUAUAAGAAAGCUGCUGUCAUCAACAAUGAAGAUAAUGGCUACUAUGAACACUUAGUGCAUUCAACAAAAGAC